GUUUGGGUAGUUUUUUUUUGAGAAUUGUGUCACUUGAAAUCGAGGUUUUCGAUUGCACUAGGGUUCGAUCGUUCCCACGCCGAAAUCUUCUCCGAUUCGUUCUCCCGUUGAUCUCCGCUGGACUGCUUUUGCCAGCGCAAUCGAUCAGUUGACCAUCGAUCGUGCCCAUACGAUGAAACCCUCAAAGAGGAGGAAGAACAAGAGUAAAGUGAAGACGGAUCUCUCUCGCACACAGCCCAAUUCACCGGCUUCCGUAAUCACGGAUGCUGGAGGCAUUGAGGAAACCAAAGAUGAUCGGAAAAUAGGACUGGAUUGGCUCAUCUCCGCUUUUCCCCGCCUUUCUGUCGAACAGAUCGAAUCGGCCUACGAAGAGGUCGGAGGUGACACCUAUAAAGCUGCGGGCAUCCUGGGUGCUGAGCUUGUAGACCCGGGGGAGUGCCCUGGUUCAGGCGGGAAGAAGAGGAGCGCGCGUAAGCCCAAGAGGAUUGCUGCGUCUACUGGUAUGAUCUCUGGUGUCAUUGGGAAGCAUUAUUCGAAAUCGGCCUCAGCUUGUAGCGCUGGGAGGAGAGGUUUGGGUGGUCCAGUUGAGGGGAAGAAGCCAGCGGUUUGUACGUAUAGCAGCGAGGAGGCGGAGGAGCUCCUUUACUCGAUGCUAGGCGGUGAUUCAGAGCUGGGCAUGGGUGUCGUCAGGGAUGUUUUAAGUCAAUGUGGAUACGAUCUUAAGAAGGGAAAAUUCUACAAGAAGUUGGCUCAUGAGGCAGAUGAGAAAGCCAGCCGGGAGAUUUUCGAGGCCAGAAAUAAGGGCAUAAAAAACAGUGUCACGAUUGAUUUACAUGGGCAACAUGUCAAUCAAGCCAUUCGGCUCUUGAAGCUUCACCUACUACUGUUCGCAUACAUUCCUUCUGUCCAUUUUCUUAGAGUUAUAACCGGGUGUGGCGCAAAUGGUGUUGGACUGGGCAAAUUGAGGCGGGCGGUACUGGACCUUGCUCAGAAGGAGGAUAUUAAAUUCAAUCAAGAAAAUUCUGGUACCAUACUUCUUUGUCUGGAGGGGCAAAGAACAUUUAGUUUUAUGGAAUCUGAGGUAGAUUCUGACGAAAAUAAACCCUAAACACAUCCACUUCCUAGGAUAUGUAUAUCAUUGACAUAGUAGCCAAGUUAAUUACUUUAGUUUAUUAGAUUUCCCUGAUGGCAUUUGUCCCAAUCUUCUGCUCAUUCUGUAUAUUAUUGGCAGAACUGCCUAUUGCAGAAGUCACAAAUUCACUAUUUUGCUCUUGUGACUCAAGAGGGAUUCAAUGAAUAGGUUAUAUUCAGAGAUCAAAAUAUCA